AUGGCUACUUGUUUAACUGAUGUCUCCCUCUCCCUUAAGUGUUCUGUUUGUCUUGAGUUAUAUACUGAUCCACGUGUCUUACCUUGUCUUCAUACCUUCUGUCUUCAUUGUCUUGAGCCACUUGUCAAGAAUGACAGGCUCACUUGCCCUCAGUGUCGUGAUGGACACAGUAUACCAAAGGAUGGUGUAUCAAUGUAUCCAGUUGAUCUUUCACUGUUACCUGAGCUAGGAGAAGCAAAAGAAGAGAAGAAGAUAUGUGGCUCUUGUACUUCUGGUGAUGUUGCUGUUGGUUAUUGUACUGAUUGUGGUGAGUUCUUGUGUGAAUGGUGUCGCAAUACUUGUCAUAAAAGAAACAAAGCAUUUAUAUCACACACUUUAGUAUCACUGGAGGAUGCUCCAGGUUUCCCCUCCUCCACUAGAGAUCAGCACUCUUAUUGUGACAAGCACACUGAUCAUAAGCUAGAGGCAUAUUGCAGUUCCUGUUACGCUAUUGCAUGUUUGGUGUGCACGCUUGAAAAUCGGAGAAUUUUUAACCACACUCAUAGUUAUAGCUUGAUUAAAGAUGCAGGCAACAAGUUGAUGACCAAGAUUCAGGAAAGUACUAAGAAUCUUGAAACAAAAGAAAAAGAUCUACAGAUAAAGCUUGAUUGCAUUGAGGAACUUGAAGCUGUUAUGCGCGAGAGACAGUCUGAAGUGGAAUCAAGAAUCACCAAUGCUUGUGAUGAAUGGAUUGCAGCAUUACAGGAAAGGAAGGAGCAAUUGUUGUCUGAAGUUGAUGAUAUUUUUACCAAGCACAGUAAAAAGAUCUGGAGUGCUAAGAAUGACAUUGAGAUAUUGUCAUUGCAAUUGAAAAAAUGCAGGUCGUUUAGUUUGCGAUAUCAAAAGCAAGGACACCUCUUAUCAUUAACAAACCAACUCAUAAAGAAUCUUGAAAAGUCUGAAGCUGCAAAAAUCAAAUUAGAUUACUUAAAUGAAUUACUGUUGUCUCACACAUUGUUUAAUAAAUCAGUUUUAAGGAACAAGCUCUUGGGAACAUUGUCAAGCCAGGAGACAAACAAACUUAAUCUGGAGGGAAAAUUGGUUUUGAAGGACAGCAACGAUCAGUUAGUAAAUGUUGAGAGAAACAAAGUUAAUGGCUCUGUUGAUGAGAUACUAAAGAUAUAUUAUGUGCUUAAAGAGCCCUUUGCAGCUUUCUUCAUAUGGUCCUCUAACUAUUCCGCUAACUAUAAUGGUUAUUAUGAUGAUGAUUGCGGAUUGUUUGUUGAUUGUUCAGUUGUCAGUAAAAAUGAAGUCCUUAUUGAAUGCACUCCAGGAGAUGUUGAUGUGUUUGAUGUCACCUUGAGUGCUUCUGAAGAAGAAGUUUGCAGAUUUAGUAUCAAUAUCAUAGGAAGAAAAAUUAUACGUAGUUCUUAGUUCUAAAGUAAAUUUUUAUAGAAAUUAUAAAUUUAUUAUUAUUAUUAUUAUUAUUAUUAUUAUUAUUAUUGCUAGAAAGAAUGUAAUGCCUGACCCCUUAGUUAUAUU